AUGUGCAAACACGUCCUAAACGCCCAAGUCUCGAUCCGCUCGCCCUGCUGCCGCAAAUGGUUCGACUGCGCAGACUGCCACCACGAGACCGAAUCGCACCCCCUCCUCCAGCAGGACCACAUGACCUUCGCGUGCAAGAAGUGCAAAAAGUGCUUCCGGAAGGUCGCUGCUGAGUUUGAGGAGAGCGACGAGUACUGCCCGCACUGCGAUAACCAUUUUGUCAUCGAGGCUAUGGUGCCGAAACCGAGGCUUGAAGUUGAGGGGGAGGAUGUUAGGGUGGAUGCGAGGAUGCUCAAGGACGAGCGGGUCCGAGGGGAGGAGCAGCGCACGAUAUUCAACGUGAGGGAUGCGCCGGACAGGCUGGGAUGA